AUGGUGUCGGAUAAUAGAGGCUACUUGACACCGUCUUUGUCGCGUACUCAACAGACGUCAACAACUGCACCAAUGGACGAGAGUUCGGAAACAAUGAGUUAUCGCGAGCUUCAAUUGUUGGAGGAACUCUCCAGUGCUCGUCAGGAGCUAGCGAUGCUAAAACGCGCCAGCAGUGUGAUUGAAGAACCGCUGCAUAAACUACCACCACCCUCUACUCUACCAACACAGCGCAGAGCUUUCCAACAACACCACGAAAAUGUGGAGAUGUUCUCCAAUAGACAUCAAGCGCAUUACCAGUCGCAUCAUGAUAUUCACCAAGGGUGGGUUGGCAAGAUGUUUUUCUUUUUGGACAGGAAAUGUAUCUGA